GUUUCCUUUGCUGCUUUUCCAUUCAAGCCAUGGCCCCGAAAGGAAAACCAGAUCCAAAGGCAAAGCCAGCAGCCAAAGCGCCAGCCAAGGCACCGAAAGCACCAGUUCCACCUGGGACCCUCACCAUCAAACAGAUCCUGAUUUAUGUACUCUGCAUGGCCGUAGCUAUACUGAGCAUUCUCACAAUACUCGUCAUGACCAUUGUAUACUUCACACUGCAGGAAGUUGGGGGUCCCAUGGACUAUUCAUUGAAAAGACUGAGGAGCAGUUUGUCAUAUACCUUCAACAAUACAGAGUUCAGCACAGAAGCUGCCAUGAAGGUUGCCGACACAGUGGACGACCUGGAGGAAAGGGUUAAAGAGGCUGACGACGACUACACAGCCAAGAAAAAAACAUAUAAAAACAGCUUCGAGAAAGCGGCAAAGAGUUCCGUCCCCUGGAAGGUACACGGAGAGAGCCUCUAUUACUUUGCCAGAGAACAGAAAACCUGGUAUGACGCAGAGAGAUUCUGCAUUUCCAGAGAUUCGCAUCUGGCUUCUGUCCUCAACGAUGAAGAGCAGGACUUCAUCACUUCUCAGAUCCAACAAGCUUCCUGGAUCGGCCUGAUGGACGAAAACAGAGACGGAGCGUGGGGAUGGACAGACGGGUCCGGCCUCCAGAAAGAGUGA